CUGAAACAGAAGAGAUCAUGGCAGACAACUCUACCAGUGACCCUCACUCCUUUAGGCAACAGCUUAAUGUGACUGAUAUUAUCAUCAUCGUGGUGUAUUUUGCUUUAAACGUGGCUGUGGGAAUAUGGUCUUCAUUCAGAGUCAACAGAAACACAGUGAGUGGGUACUUCCUUGCAGGAAGAGACAUGACAUGGUGGCCAAUUGGAGCCUUUCUCUUUGCCAGCAGUGAAGGAUCUGGGCUGUUCAUUGGACUGGCUGGGUCAGGAGCAGCAGGAGGACUGGCUGUAGCUGGCUUUGAGUGGAAUGCGACAUAUGUGUUGCUGGCACUGGCAUGGAUAUUUGUGCCCAUCUACAUUUCCUCAGAGAUCGUCACCUUGCCUGAGUACCUUCAGAAGAGAUACGGAAGGUCCAGGAUACGCAUGUUCUUGUCCAUCUUGUCUCUGCUGCUGUCUGUUUUCACCAAGAUAUCUAUUGACUUGUAUGCAGGGGCCCUUUUUGUGCACAUCUGUCUGGGCUGGAAUUUUUUCUUGUCUACUGGCAUAACGUUGGUGAUCACGGCAGUUUACACCGUUGCAGGUGGCCUGGCUGCUGUCAUCUACACCGAUGCACUGCAGACACUGAUCAUGAUAGUUGGGGCAAUCAUCCUGACAAUCAAAGCUUUUGACCAAAUCGGGGGUUAUGGCCAGUUGGAGGCGGCUUACUUACAGGCAGUGCCAAACAAGACGAUCCCCAACACAACAUGCCACCUGCCCCGGGCUGACGCCAUGCACAUGUUUCGAGAUGCCCACACUGCAGAUCUCCCAUGGACUGGGAUGACCUUCGGUCUGACCAUCAUGGCCACUUGGUAUUGGUGCACUGACCAGGUCAUAGUACAGAGGUCCCUUUCUGCCAGGAACCUGAACCAUGCCAAAGCAGGCUCCAUCCUUGCCAGUUACCUAAAGAUGCUGCCCAUGGGCCUCAUCAUUAUGCCAGGCAUGAUUAGUCGGGCACUAUACCCAGAUGAAGUGGGCUGUGUGGUGACGUCUGAGUGCCUGAGGGUCUGUGGGACCGAAGUGGGCUGCUCCAACAUCGCCUACCCCAAACUAGUGAUGGAGUUGAUGCCUGUGGGACUUCGGGGACUGAUGAUUGCUGCCAUGAUGGCAGCCUUGAUGUCUUCCUUGACCUCCAUCUUCAACAGUAGCAGCACACUCUUCACUAUGGACAUCUGGCGGAAGCUGAGACCUCAAGCAGGAGACAGGGAGCUCCUGUUGGUGGGCAGGCUGGUUAUUGUGGUCCUCGUCAUCAUUAGUGUUGUCUGGAUCCCAGUCCUCCAAGGCUCCAAAAGUGGCCAGCUCUUCAUUUACAUGCAGGUGGUCACCAGUUCUCUGGCACCUCCAGUCACAGCUGUCUUCAUCCUAGGAGUAUUUUGGAAUCGGGCCAAUGAACAGGGGGCCUUCUGGGGCCUGAUGGCAGGGCUGAUAGUGGGAGCUACCCGGAUGAUCCUGGAAUUUGUUUACCCUGAGCCACCUUGUGGCUUCCCAGACAACCGGCCAGCUGUGCUCCACAGCCUUCACUAUCUUCACUUCUCUGUGGUGCUCUUCUCCAUGACAGCUGCUGUAGUCGCUGCUAUUAGUUUGCUGACUCUACCGCCUGAUGAGUCUCAGAUCAAGAAUUUAACGUGGUGGACCCUUUCCAAGAACAAUCUUUUAGAAACUCUGCCUGAGACUUUUGAUAUGGGAGACAAAGUUGGAAAGAAGCAAGCUUCCUUCUGGACCCGAGUCUGCAACUUCAAUGCCAUUCUGCUUUUGUGUGUCAACAUAUUCUUCUAUGCCUACUUUGCCUGAUGGUGUUCUUCUGGGAAGCCAGAGGAUCAUGGGAGAGGCCCUCAGGGAUGUAGGAGAUAUUUUUCCUAAUUAGACUUUUAAAGAAGGAUCACAGACUCGUGGAGCUGUAAGAACCAUCUAGUCCAACUCACUUAUUUUACAGAUGGGGCCUUGAGAAGGGAAGUGACUUGCCCAAAGUUAACACAGCUUGCUGGUGGAAAGCGUAGGAUUAAAACCCACGGCUGUCAACUCCUAGUCCAAUACUAUCUCUAUUAAACUGGUCUUCCUUUCUUUUCCUGGUCUAGAAGCAUUUGGGCAGUGGGAAGUUCUUAUAAGAUCAUGUCUCCUUUGACAACAAGGUGUCCCACUACUACCACCGUCACCACCAACAACCAUUGUAUUAUAAUCCUUGGAAACAUCUUCAGUUUAGGCCACUAUCUGAGAAUUCCAGAGCCUGGAAUAGGACUUAACCUGCCUUGAAGUCUCUAGGCCCAUUUCCUGCUUCUACUUAUCAUUACUUAAGGCAAUGUCAGAGAGACCUAAGUCGGCCACUAAUUAGCUGUGUGACCUUGGGCAAGUCACUUUCCUUCUCUGGAACUCAGUUUCAUCAUCUAUUAAAUGAGAGAGUUUCUUAGGAUCUUUAGGGGUCUAAUAUUCUCUAUGAAUUCUAUGAUUCUUCCCUUCUCCCCUACCUCUAACCUGGCCAAGUCCACACAAAGCACUCUCCACAUGUUCAACUUCCCCAGAGUGGGCUGUUCUCUCCCUCACACUUUGAAUCUCUGACUCAGUGAAGCCCCAGUCUUGAGAUCUGGAUGGAGAACAGAGGAAAAGGGAAAUGUAUGGGCCUUGAAGUUCAGUGAGGUUUGACUGAGAAGCCACGAGUCUGAGUGUAGUGAGGGGGGAGGGAAGCCCAAAUAGCUUUGCUCAGCCCAAACCAGUAUGGUAUGGGCCUCUGAAUGCCAUCUAAUAGAGCCAGAGGGUAACCAAACACCAUGAAAAACUUUAUAGGCCUCUCAGGGAGCACUUCCUGUCUAUAUCUCUUGGCUUCUGGCCAAACAUCAAACACUUCUGCAAUGUUCACAAAGCUAGAUGCAAAAGUAAAUAAAUCAGCUCAGGGUUUGGUAUGCCUCCCAGGAGUCCCUUGGCAUGUGCAUUUUUGAGUCAGUCCCUCCUAAACUCAGGAAUGUUCCCCAGGUCCCAGGGGAAGGCAAUGUUGUUAGCCACACUAUCACUCUCAUGGGGAUCAUAGGAAUCCUGAUCUGGGACCCCUCAUCCCAUUCUUCCCCUUGUUUGCCCACAGGAACCUUCACCAUUGAACAACUCCAGUGUGCUCUAGGUCUCUGUCUGCUAGGACCCAGAGCUUCAGGAGCUAAAGGUUAAGUGUACAGGGUUGUCAGUGGGAUCAGUCUUGGGGAUUUAGCAUAGGGAUGCUGGUCAUUUGAGGGUCAGAUCCCCUCAGGUUGUAGGCUGAG